UGGACAGCUUUGAGCUUGCACUCCAAUUUGGAAUCUCUGUCAUGGUCAUAGCCUGUCCAUGUGCUCUUGGAUUAGCCACCCCAACUGCUGUCAUGGUUGGUACCGGCGUUGGUGCAUCUCAGGGUGUCCUAAUCAAAGGUGGUCAAGCAUUAGAAAGUGCACACAAGGUGAACUGCAUUGUGUUUGACAAGACAGGAACUCUAACAGUGGGAAAGCCAGUUGUUGUUAACACGAAACUCUUCAAAAAUAUGGUGCUUAGAGAUUUUUAUGAACUUGUUGCUGCAGCUGAGGUAAAUAGUGGACAUCCUUUAGCCAAAGCCAUUGUAGAAUACGCCAAGAAAUUCAGAGAAAAUGAAGAGAACCCAGUCUGGCCAGAGGCACAAGAUUUUGUCUCUAUCACUGGCCAUGGAGUGAAAGUUAUUGUUCGUGACAAGGAAAUAAUAGUAGGAAACAGAAGCUUGAUGUUUGACCACAACAUUGCCAUUCCAGUUGAUGCUGAAGAAAUGCUAACAGAAACUGAAGGGAUGGCUCAAACAGGGAUUUUAAUUGCAAUAGAUAGAGAAGUGACUGGAGUUCUAGCCAUAUCGGAUCCUCUAAAACCAGGAGCACGUGAAGUCAUUUCAAUUCUCAAGUCUAUGAAAGUUAGAAGCAUUAUGGCGACAGGUGACAAUUGGGGAACAGCCAGUUCUGUUGCUGGAGACGUUGGGAUCGUAACUGUUAUUGCAGAAGCAAAGCCCGAGCAGAAAGCAGAGAAAGUAAAGGAACUACAGGCUACAGGUCAUAAUAGUGGCAAUGGUGGGUGAUGGCAAUAAAAUGAUUCUGCCAGCACUUGUA